AAUUAACUAAAAAGAUACCGAAUGUCUUUGCUCUCUCGGCUGGAGCAAGCAAUGCGUUCAUACAAUCCUUUAUUUCAGUGGUCCCGAGUCUCUGGCUGCUGUUUCGGACAGGACCAGCCUGGCCUGAAGCUGCAGAGGAUGUGAAAGACCAGCGCUCCGUUGUGCGUGAAGAACUUGAGACCUGUGGCGCACUGCCCGUCCGGGAAUAUGACUUGAUGGUGGGAAUUGCCACUGUAGCUGCAGGCUGGCUCUUGAGAGGUGUGCUUGGGGUAAUUGGGCAUACAGAAAGCGCUUUUGAAAAUAUGGAUGAUGCUGUAUGGCGGCAGCGGCGACGGCUGGCAGGUUCUUGCUCGGGCUUCGCGUUGGCUAUUUUACUGUGCCGCCGCUUGGUACCGGGCUUGCUAACCAUGGCAGGACUGCCCGAGUUUUUAGUGCUGAUAUUUUCUGCAAUAAUGCUGUUGGUCGCGGUGGGCACAGCACGGUGCGUGCGAGAGGAGGAGUGUUUGAGUACAGAAGUGGGAAACAGCCCGGCUAUGGUGGGAAUAUACAGCUUGGCUCUGUAUUUUUCCGAGCAGAUAGCAGAUGCUUGCUUGGUUUUUUAUAUACACAGGCGGAACCGAAGCCUUGUAUGACACGCGAGAAACUGCAGAGCUGGCGGGCCUGCUGCAAAUAAAAAGACUUACGGUAGAAGGUAUUGUGUAGUUUAAAAGCAAAUACGAGAUAAAAAGAAUAUACAAUAAAAAAGAAGAGCAAAAGGGUGAGAGAGCAAAAGAGCAAAAGAGCAAAAGGGCUAAAAUGUGAAUUAGGCGCACGUGCGUUUGUGUGCAAGUGUGUUAGAAGGGGCGUGUUAAACGUUUAUGUUGUUUUGUUAGUUAAAAUGUUGGGCGUUGUAUUGUGUGUGUACGUGUGAGUUGAGUAAGUUGGGUAAGUAUAACUAUUUUAUUGACUAUUAAACAUGAAGGGAAAAUUGAG